AUGCUGCAUCUACUGGAUCAUAUGCCAGAGGAUCUGCCAGUUAGAGACACAGAUUCAAUUCCUCUGUUGAAAGGGACUUCAGGUAAGAAUGUAAAGGCCCAGUCACAAUUGGGCAGGAUGAACCAAAAGGAACUGAGCUACAGACGCUUUCACCUACGUGAAGAGCCCAUGCUGGUGAAGGAACUUUCUCCAAAGCAACGAAAUAAAAGCAAAAGGCGAGGGACAAACGAGCAGCGAUCCACCACUACCCAGCCGGAUCUACGAACACUUGCUGUGCUCCAGGAGCCUGCGAGGCGGAGGCGGCCGUGGGUCUCAGCGUCCCCGUGCCCCUCGGCGCCCCCUCGUGCCCCAGUCCCCGGGAGGAAAGUGCAUAUGCAGCGCCUGUGUCCCUCGACCGCGGCAGGCAGUGCACAGCCUCGAGUCCACGCGGGACGCAGACUGCCCCACGCAACUGGGCCAAAUGACAGACGCAGUCAUACAGCCCCUCCCACAUUUAAAGAAUAUGUGAUGGAUGAAAACACCAGAAUUGAAAUAACCAGUGAGCCCAGCCAACUUACUCACAUUAUGAUGACUGAUUCUACACAUGUGGAAGAGAUUUCCAGGUCUCCUGAGAAAACAUCCAAAGUUGAAAAGCUUGAACAGAGAAGCUCACAGGAGUGUGCUCAGAAGGCUGCAGAGCUUCGAGCUUCCAUUAAGGAGAACGUGGAGCUGAUUCGACUUAAGAAGCUCUUAUACGAGAGGAAUACCACGCUGGCAGCCACAGAAGCCCGACUGACACGAGUUCAAGAGGCAUAUGAAGACUUGCUCCAGAAGAAUCAGGGAAUAUUGGAUGCAACCCAUGAUGCCUUCCUCAGCCAAGUGAAUGAGCUCAAGGCAGAGCUGAGUGAAGAGAGCAAGAAGGCUGUGAGCUUGAAGACCCAGCUGGGAGAUGUGUCUAUCUUGCAGAUAACUCUGAAGGAGUUUCAGGUCAGAGUUGAAGAUUUGGAAAAUGAACGAAAAUUGCUGAGUGACAAUUACGACAGACUCUUAGAAAACAUGCUGGAUAGCAGUCAUCAGCCUCUGGAGAGCAGUCAUCAGCCUCACUGGAGCAGAGAGAUCGUAGGGGAGCAGCUCCCGCAGCAGGCCUGUCCACUGCUGGACCAAAUGAGCGCUGGGCUGGAGGAGACAAAAGUCUUGCUUCAAGCAACCAACAAAGCAGCUCAAGAUGAAAAGCUGAAGUUUCAAGACACCAACAUCCUUUGCCAGCAUAAACAGGAAGAAGAGAGCCUUCAGUUAACAGCUACUGUAUCCCCGUCUCCAGAAGAGCUGUCUGAACUGGCUGCUCAGCCCACUCUACUCCCACAGACAGAUCAAAGAGAGUCCAGUAAACCAAAAGCUCAAGACAAGAAUAACCUGUCCCAGGUGCUAAGUGAGCUGCAAGUGUCCCAUGCAGAGACCUCACUGGAACUAGAAAAAACCAGAGACAUGCUUCUUCUGCAGCGCAAAAUCAACAUGUGCUAUCAGGAGGAGCUGGAGGCAACGUUGACAAAAGCUGACAAAGAAAAUAGGGACCAUGAAGAGAAACUGGAGAGGCUGAAUCACCUCCUAGACUUCAAGAACAGCCGCAUAAAGCAGCUGGAAGGUAUUUUAAGAAGCCACGGCCUUCCAACAUCCGAGCAGCUCAAAGACGUUGCUUAUGGCACUCGGCAACCCUCACUGUGUCUGGAGUCCCUGGCAGCCCACAGAGGUGAGGAAGAAGUGGACAUGUCUCUGCUGCAUCCAAGCGAGAAUCUUUUUGAGCUGCACAUCCACCAGGCCUUCCUGACCCCUGCUGCCCUUGUACAGGCUGGAGAUACCCAACCUACCACCUUCUGCACUUACCCCUUCUAUGAUUUUGAAACUCACUGCACCCCACUCUGUACUGGGCCACAGCCCCUCUAUGACUUCACCUCCCAGUAUGUAGUGCAGACAGACUACCUCUUCCUGCACUACCUUCAAGGAACUUCAGUCCGGCUUGAUCUCCAUCAGGCCAUGGCUGGUGAGCACCACGUCCUUGCUACAGGGUGGAUCUCAUUUGACAAGGUGCUAGAGACCGUGGAGAGAGUCCAUGGCUUGGCCACACUUACUGGAGCUGGUGGAGAAGAUUUGGGGGUGUUAGAGUACUGGAUGAGGCUGUGCUUGCCCCUAAAAUCCAGCCUCCAGGCAUGCAAUAAGCGAAAGAAAGCCCAGGCCUACCUGUCAGUCAAUGUGCUUGGAGCUCGGAAGGCCCAGAACAAUGAGUCCAGACCUGAAACCUGGACACCUCGGAAUGAGCUGCGGAUUGAAAUCACCAGGUGCUGCGGCCUCCGGAGUCGAUGGCUGGGAAGGCAGCCCAGUCCAUAUGUCAUGUACCGCUUCUUCACCUUUCCUGACCAUGACACCACCGUCAUUCCAGCCAGCAGCAAUCCAUACUUUAAAGACCAGGCUCUGUUCCCCAUGCUUGUGACCUCUGACCUGGACCAGUAUCUGAGGCUGGAAGCUCUGUCUAUAUAUGUUUUCGAUGAUGAAGACCCAGAGCCUGGCUCCUACCUUGGCCGAGCCCAGGUGCCCUUGCUGCCUCUUGCACAAAACAAAUCUAUCAAAGGUGAUUUCAAUCUAACAGACUCGGGGGAGAAAUCCAAUGGAUCCAUCAAAGUGCAACUAGACUGGAAGUCUCACUACCUGCCCCCAGAGAGCUUCCAGAUGCCAGAAGCUGAGAAGCAGGAGGAGGAAGAGAAGGAGGAGGAAGAAGAGGAAGAGGUGAAGGAGGAGGAAGAAGAGGAAGAGGAAGAAGAGGAAGAGGAGGAGGAAGAGGUGGAGGAGAAGGAAGAGGAAAAGGAGGAAGAGGAGGAGGAAGAGAUAGAAGAGAAUGAAGAAAAGGAGAAAGAGAAGGAGGAAGAGAAGGAGGAGAAUGAGGAAAAGAAGGAAGAGAGGGAGGAAGUGGAGGAGGAAGAGGAGGAGGAAGAGAAGGAGAACAAAGAUGGCUUGGAGGCCUCAUUCGUGGAAGAAUGGGCCCCUUUUUUUCCCCAGGACCAGAGAGCAUCUACAGAGAUUCCCAUAGAGGCUGGCCAGUAUCAGGAGAAGAGAAAAUCUCCUGUAAUAGCAGAAAAGAAGGAAAAAGAGCAUCAGGUCGCAAGCUACUCACGAAGAAAACACAGCAAAAAACCAGGUGUCCAAGGCAAGAACAGAAUGGAAUAUCUGAGCUGUAACAUCUUGAAUGGAAACACACAGCAGAUGCGUUACACUGAGUGGAAGUUCUCUGGGCUCAAGAUGUCCAAGGAUGACGGUUUGAAAGUUCAAGACAAGAAAGAGGAACCGCCAUCACUCCAUCCAGCACUGAGACAGGAGCUUCCCUCACAUCCUAUAAAUGCCUUCUCCCUAGCAGACCAAGAAUCCUGUGAACAAGCUUCUGAAGUCAACCAAGCACAAAGUCCCGACAGUGAUGACAUCAUAGUGACGCCUCAGUCUCAGACCUGUCCUAAAGCUGAUUCAGAGAAGAUAUGCAUUGAAAUAGUCUCCCUGGCCUUCUGCCCUGAGGCUGCUGUCAUGUCGGACGAGAGUAUCCAGCAGGUCUAUGUGGAGUACAAAUUCUGUGAUCUGCCUCUGUCGGAGACAGAGACUCCAAUGUCCCUGAGGAAACCAAGGGCAGGCGAAGAAAUCCACUUCCACUUUAGCAAGGUGAUAGACCUGGACCCAGUGGAGCAACAAAGUCGAAGGCAGUUUUUGUUUGCCAUGCUACAUGCUCAAGAUUCUGAUGAGGGACGUUUAAAGUUUACAGUGGUGAGUGAUCCCCUGGAUGAAGAAAAAAAAGAAUGUCAAGAUAUAGGCUAUGCAUACCUUGAACUGUGGCAGAUAUUUCAAUCUGGAAAAGACAUCCUAGAGCAAGAACUAGAGAUUGUGAGCCCUGGAAACCAGGCCAUCCAAAUUGGAAGACUGAAGGUUUCCCUCCAAGCAGCUGCUGCCCUCCAUGGCAUUUAUAAGGAGAUGACUGAAGAUCUGUUUUCAUGA